AUGCGAGUUGGACUCGGUGCCGCCAUACUCCCCAAACCCUCCUCUAACCCCACACUCCUCCCCUUAAACCGUAUUCAUAUCACCUACGCCCGCAAAGUCUACGAAGGCCACGGAGGCGCGCGGAAAUUCUGGCGUGUCUGCCUUCCCAGGCUAAAAUACCACAACCCAGCGCUUUUCGUAACAGUGACACAGACAAAGUCACAAGCGGGACCGGCCAUCCUAACGUUAUACUUCAAUAACAAAGCGGCUGCCAAAGCCAGCGGGGAAACAACACCUACACCUUCCCCUCCUCCCCAACUAGAAGGAGAAGAGCAACUAUCAGAUUCGUUCGCACCGCCUCCGGCUGAGUGGGAAAUUGUCAGGACUAUUAAUUUAAAGAGGAAGACUAUUGGGCGUAUCUGGGAGGACUUCAAACUGAUGACUGGCUUGGAAGAAAUCCCGAUCUCACCGGAGGAUGAGGCGGAGAUCGAAAAGGUGAAGCGUCAAAGGGAGCUAAGUAAUUUGGAUCGCAAGAGGGUGGCGGAAAAUAGACAGAUGAUCAAGGAUCAGGAGAAAUUGCUUGAGGCCUCGAGAGAGGAUUUGAAGAAACUGAGGGAGCAAGCAUAG